GGUCUCUUAAUCGGAUAUGUAUAAACAAACGCCUUUGAUUGUUAUUUCUAACUUAAAAUGGAAACUUGCGGCCUUAUUUGUGUGAGCGGGGACUACGAGAAGUUCCUGAUGCGCUGCUCCUACUGUCCAACGGACGUGGAGGUGGCCCAGUGGCAGGAGUUUGUGCUGCACAUCCGCAACGUGCAUAGCAAAGUGAGGAUCAUGGAAGAAGGGCACGUAGAUCCUCCACAGGAGGAACCCCAAGCGGAAGAGCCGAUAUUUCAGGAAGACGAAUCGGCGGACGGAGCCUGUGUAAAGCUGCAUAUUGACGCAGUGCGUUCGUCGCCAAUCGAGACUGAGGAGUCAGACGUCUCUUUGGUUACAGAUGAGGAAGAAUCCGUCCAGGAGGGGGAACCAAGUGAACCAGCUUUUGAUGAUGCCAACUUAAAAUCCACACCCACAUACAAGUUUCAUCCAUCCUUCUUUCGCCGAGAUCACCGAACCGUAAAGUUCAUAGAGAUCUACAAGGACCACCCAUGUCUCUGGUAUCCCGCUCACAGCGACUACAAGGAACCCAAGAAAUGCAAAGAAGCCCUGAGGCGUAUGGCCAUUGAUUUGGAGGCAACUGUAUCCGUAUUCCUGAACGAGAUGGCCUUAAAGCUAGCCAUCAAGAAAGUCCACAUGCAGUUCAACACCGUGCACAAGCGGGUGGUGUCUGGAAAACAGAAACCUCAAUCGCUGGCUUUCAGCAUAUACAAAUUGUGUAGCUUCUUGAACGCUAGCAACGAUGAAGAAGGGGCUACGAAUAACGAAAAAAUUAAGCUUGAUUUCUCCAAGAAAAACAAGCUGACUACCGACCUGAUUGAGAUGUACGCGAACUUUCCGCAGCUGUACGACUCCACCCACAAGGAGUUCUCUAAUAUGAGUUCUCGAAAGCAGGCUUACGAGAGCAUGGCUGCGGAGUUCUCAGUGCCCAAUGUGGAUAUCAACAGCGAUGACAUCUUCCGCGCCAUCCAGAAUCUCCGGCAGUGGUACUACAAGAACACUAAGCAUGCCAUCUACGCCGGAAGUGCAGCCGAGAAGUUCUACCUAGAGGUGUGCCGGUUCAUGCCUCCAAAGAUGUACAAACAGCGGCUGGUCUGCGAGUUUUGCCACCAGAUUACGUCCUCGGAUCACGUCCUGCAGUCGCACAUCUUCAAGGCGCACAACAUCGGCGAGCUGCCCUUCAAAUGUGCCUUGUGCGACCGGAGUUUUGUGGGACGUUGCGAGCUGGCGAAUCACAUACAGCGGGUCCAUAUCGGCAAGACCCACAAGUGCACCCAUUGUGAGCGUUCAUUCGCUGUGAUGUCGGACCUGCAGCUGCACAUCCGUACGCACACUGGCCACAAGCCUUACGUCUGCGAGCAUUGCGGCAAGGCCUUCCGACUGCGGUCCCAAAUGACGCUUCACGUCACGGCUAUUCACACCAAGAUCAGAGCCUUCAAGUGCACCAUGUGUCCCAAGGACUUUGUGAAAAAGGUCGACCUAUCGGAUCACAUCAAGGGCCAUUUAAACAUCCGCGACAAAAUCUGCACUGUGUGUGGUAAGGGAUUCACCAGCUGCCACGCACUCAUCCGACACCGGCAGAUUCACUCCGAGGUGAAGAAGUUUGUGUGCAAACUCUGCGACUCCAGGUUCUCCCAGUUUGUGGGUCUUAAUACGCACAUGAAGCGCACCCACAACAUUCUUCGUAAUAAUCCGCAAAAGGGUAAAGAUGCUGUGGAUGCAGAGAACUGAAUAUGAUUAAAUUUGCAAUAAAAUGGCAGUUAAUAAA